AGAAAAGAUGAGGGCUAGCCCCGCCCAGGAAAUCUAAUUUUAUAUUCCUGUUUGUGAAAAGUUUUGUUGUAACAGAGGCUGCCGGUGAGUGACCCGCCUUGAUCCCUGGAAACAUGUACACAGCAAUCCCCAAAAGUGGAUCUCCCUUUGAUCCUUCUGUCAAGCAACCAGGCCUGUAUAUAUGGCGAGUAGAGCGGAUGAAGCCUGUGUCUGUCCCGGAAGAGAUGAAAGGCAUAUUCUACUCUGGGGAUUCUUACCUGGUUCUUCACAAUGGAGCUGAUGGGCACUCCAAUGUGCACAUCUGGAUUGGCCAAAACUCCUCCCGGGAUGAACAGGGGGCCUGUGCUCUGCUUUCCACCCACCUCAACUCCUUCCUAGUGGAAAAACCGAUCCAGUACCGGGAAGUACAGGGUAACGAGUCAGAUGUUUUCAUGGAAUAUUUUCCCCGUGGCAUACAAUACCAGGAAGGAGGUGUGGAAUCUGCCUUUUCCAAAGCAAAGCUUAGUGAGCCAUCUGGUCCCACUCACAAACUCUACCAAGUAAAAGGGAAAAAGAACAUCCGAGCUACGGAGAGGGAGCUGAGCUGGACAAGUUUCAACACCGGUGACUGCUUCAUUGUGGAUCUGGGAGAUAUCAUUAUUACUUGGUGUGGGGCAAAAUCCAACAUCCUGGAGCGCAACAAAGCCCGAGACUUGGCGACGGCAAUUCGGGACAGUGAGCGGAAGGGGAAAGCCAAAGUGGAAAUUGUGACUGAUGGUGAAGAGCUGGCAGAGAUGAUAGCGGUCCUGGGUCCCAAACCAAUUCUGAAGGAGGGCAGUCCGGAGGAGGAUGCCAUGGCUGAUCGGAAGAAUGCCAUUGCUGCUGCACUCUACAUGGUCUCAGAUAUGACUGGGAAGAUGAGGCUAAUCAAGAUUUCCGAUUGCAGUCCAUUCAGCCAGAAUCAUCUUGUCACAGACGAUUGCUUCAUCCUGGACAAUGGCCUCUGUGGCAAAAUCUACAUCUGGAAAGGCCACAAAGCAAAUGAGCAGGAGCAGCAGGCAGCUCUGCAGGUAGCUGAGGAGUUCAUCUCCCAGAUGAAUUAUCCUCCAAACACCCAGGUGGAAAUCUUGCCCGAAGGCCGUGAAAGUCCUCUCUUCAAGCAGUUCUUCAUAAACUGGAAGUGAAACCUGA